CAUUACUACAACAUCCAAUUGGUGAUUCUCCAGUUCACCAAAGACCACACCAAGGUAUGGCCCAGCUGAGCUCUGCUGGCCUCCUGGCCGUGACGCUCCUCCUCCUUGCAGCUGCAGCAGCAGUUUCAGGUCAACCAUCUCCACAGUACACACUCCCAGCCUGCCAGAAUGACAUCGACGCACUGUGGCACAACUGCAAGCAGUACGUCCAGAAGGAGGGGCCCAAGCAGAAGCCGUCUUCCGCCUGCUGCAGAACCGUGCAGCACGCAGAUGCCCAUAAGUCCUGUGUCUGCGACUAUCUGGGCUCCCGCGAAGCCAAGGAGAAAUUAAGCAUGGAGAAGGUGUUCUACGUCACCAACCAGUGCGGUGUCACCGUCCCUGCAGGCUGUGGGUCAAAGCAGUCCUGAGACAUGAAACUGGCUGAACCUGAACGGAGAUUGCACAACACACACGCAAGGCAGCUAAAUAAAUAGAGUUGGUCAACUGUUAGUUUGAUGAUGUUGGAGUACAAGGUGUACUGGUGUUCACACAUAUAAACUCUAAUUAAUUACACAAUAUAUAUUUGUACCAAAGCUGAAAACAGUAGCUGGCUCAUGAGGAGCCAGACCGUCUUAUUUUCUUCCCUAAUGUAUGCAUAAAGCAGUAUAUAUAAGAAAUGGAAAAUUCUAAAAGGACUUUCUCUA